GCGCGAGGCGCGCGUCCCGAGUGAAAGGAGAAGGAGGGGCGCAGGGGGUGACGGUGCGGGAGCCGCUGCCAGCGCAGAACGAGAGCCGGGGGCCUGGGCCCGAGGACAAGGUGGGCCAGAGGCCAGAUCGGCUGCCCGGACCCUUCGACGCGGCCCCAGCCCGAGCGGCAGCGGUUUUUGGCGAGGUGGGGAGGCGCUGCCAAGCCCCAGCAGGGGAAGAUGUUCCACGUAGAGUCGGCGGAACGGGUGGAACUGUGCGAGAGCCUUCUCACUUGGAUUCAGACAUUUAAUGUAGAUGCACCAUGCCAGACCGUGGAAGAUUUAACGAAUGGGGUUGUGAUGGCCCAGGUUCUUCAAAAAAUAGAUCCUGCAUAUUUUGAUGAAAAUUGGCUAAACAGAAUCAAAACUGAAGUGGGAGAUAAUUGGAGGCUAAAGAUAAGCAAUUUAAAGAAAAUUUUAAAAGGAAUCCUGGAUUAUAAUCACGAGAUUUUAGGACAGCAAAUUAAUGAUUUUAUCCUUCCUGAUGUGAACCUUAUUGGGGAGCAUUCUGAUGCUGCAGAGCUGGGAAGGAUGCUUCAGCUCAUUUUAGGCUGUGCUGUGAACUGUGAACAGAAGCAAGAGUACAUCCAAGCCAUUAUGAUGAUGGAAGAAUCUGUUCAACAUGUUGUCAUGACAGCCAUUCAAGAGCUGAUGAGUAAAGAAUCUCCCGUCUCUGCUGGAAAUGAUGCCUAUGUUGACCUCGAUCGCCAGCUGAAGAAAACUACAGAGGAACUAAAUGAAGCUUUGUCAGCAAAGGAAGAAAUUGCUCAAAGAUGCCAUGAAUUGGAUAUGCAGGUUGCAGCAUUGCAAGAAGAGAAAAGUAGUCUGUUGGCAGAGAAUCAGGUAUUAAUGGAAAGACUUAAUCAGUCUGAUUCUAUAGAGGAUCCUAACAGUCCAGCAGGAAGAAGGCAUCUGCAGCUCCAAACUCAAUUAGAACAGCUCCAAGAAGAAACAUUCAGACUAGAAGCAGCCAAAGAUGAUUAUCGAAUACGCUGUGAAGAGUUAGAAAAGGAAAUCUCUGAACUUCGGCAACAGAAUGAUGAACUAACCACUUUGGCAGAUGACGCUCAGUCUCUAAAAGAUGAAAUAGAUGUUCUUAGACAUUCUUCUGAUAAAGUGUCUAAACUAGAAGGCCAAGUGGAAUCAUAUAAAAAGAAGCUAGAAGAUCUUGGUGAUUUGAGGCGGCAGGUUAAACUCUUAGAAGAGAAGAACACUAUGUAUAUGCAGAACACUGUCAGUCUAGAGGAAGAGUUAAGAAAAGCCAAUGCAGCUCGAAGUCAACUUGAGACAUACAAGAGACAGGUAGUAGAAUUGCAAAAUAGAUUAUCUGAAGAAUCGAAGAAAGCAGAUAAAUUAGAUUUUGAAUAUAAGCGGCUAAAAGAAAAAGUUGACAGUCUUCAAAAAGAAAAGGAUAGGUUAAGAACAGAAAGGGAUUCUCUGAAGGAGACCAUUGAAGAGCUUCGUUGUGUGCAGGCUCAAGAAGGGCAGCUCACAACUCAAGGGUUAAUGCCUCUGGGAAGUCAGGAAUCUUCAGAUAGUCUGGCAGCAGAGAUUGUUACACCUGAAAUCAGGGAGAAACUUAUUCGUCUUCAGCAUGAGAAUAAGAUGUUAAAACUUAACCAAGAGGGUUCAGACAAUGAAAAAAUUGCCUUAUUGCAGAGCCUUCUAGAUGAUGCAAAUCUACGCAAGAAUGAGCUGGAGACAGAGAAUAGGUUGGUGAAUCAAAGACUUCUGGAAGUACAGUCACAAGUCGAAGAAUUGCAAAAAUCUUUGCAAGAUCAAGGAUCAAAAGCAGAAGAUGCUAUUUCAGUUCUUCUAAAAAAGAAGCUUGAAGAACAUCUAGAGAAGCUGCAUGAAGCCAAUAAUGAAUUGCAGAAGAAGAGAGCCAUUAUUGAAGAUCUUGAACCAAGAUUUAACAACAGCUCCUUAAAAAUUGAAGAAUUACAGGAAGCUUUACGGAAGAAAGAAGAGGAAAUGAAGCAAAUGGAAGAACGAUAUAAAAAAUACUUAGAGAAAGCGAAAAGCGUUAUUCGUACUUUAGAUCCUAAACAGAAUCAAGGAGCAGCACCAGAAAUACAAGCUCUUAAAAAUCAGCUCCAGGAACGGGACCGACUCUUCCAUUCUUUAGAGAAAGAAUAUGAGAAAACGAAGAAUCAACGAGAGAUGGAGGAGAAAUAUAUUGUUAGUGCCUGGUACAAUAUGGGAAUGACUCUGCAUAAAAAGGCGGCUGAAGAUAGACUUGCUAGUACAGGUUCAGGGCAGUCCUUUCUGGCUAGACAAAGACAAGCAACCAGCACAAGAAGAUCGUACCCGGGCCAUGUUCAACCAACCUCAGCAAGGUAGACAUGUCUUGCCACUAGAAUAAAAAACAUCUGAAUUUCAAAACAUACUUCUGUUACAUAUAACACCAUUUCAGGAAAUUCAGCCAGCUUAUUCUUUGUCUCUGUUUUAUGUUAAUUAGUCGUUUCCUAUUUGAGGACGUUCUCUCUCCUGUGUCUGUUAUAUUUUAGUUUCUUGGUCCUUUAUUUUGUAGUCCUUUCAGUUCCUUUUAAUGUGCCAAAAAAUUUUAAAUUCCCAAUUAAAAGUGUUGUAUAAUAGUGUAGUACUUUUCUUUGUAUGAAAAUGUCCUUUUCCCAGUGGUGUAGGCUUUGUAAUGGAUUAGAUUUUCUGCCAAUAAUUGAUAUACAAUUUAUAUUCUUUAUUGUGCCUCUGUGUUACCAUGCUUUAUAAGAAUGUCUUUGUUUAAAGGGAAUUAAUCUUUCUAUGAUGUAUUAAUCUGUGUUUUGAAUUGUUUUUCAAAUGCACUUCAAAUAACUUGCAUACUUACUAUCUAAAAUGAAUGGUUGGCAAGGGCACUUUUUGCAAAAACAUAAAUACAUUGGCAGAGGUGCUAAUCAGAUCUCAUCCAGGCACCUGAUAGAAUUAUUUAGAGGGAAAAAAUGAGUUUUCUCAUUGUUUUAUAGGAAAUUAAAUUUGUUCGAAGAUUUGGAAACUAUUUUUAAAACAUAAAUACACAGAAUUUUAUUAUUUCCUGCUAUCUUAUUGCUGGCAGAAGUGAAUACAUUGGUUAGGUUAUUUGGGGGUAGAUUACAGAAGGAAAAAAAUCAGUCAGUGCAUUAAUUUUGUUGUCUUCUGGAAUAUCACAGUAACUGAGGAUCAAGUUCUGGCAGUGUAGCUUACAUUUAUGGUUUCAGUUGCCCUCCACAUCUAAAAUAUUUAUUUUUCAUAUGCUUACAAGUAACUUCCCUUUUGGGCAAUUUCCUUGUUGACUUGCAGCUCAUGUGUUUUACCUAUUCAUUAAUAUAAGCCCUUCUAUACUUUACAUCUUAAUAUCAGUCAUUAAGAUCAAUAAGUGACUUCUUAUAUGUGAUGUUAUGACAGGUCUCCUUUACAUUUUUUCUUAAUUCUAUGUAUUAGUCCAAGAAUUUGCUGCUGAACAGAUUCUCUUGGGUAUUUGGUUGCCGCAAAGUGCUUAGAUUUAUUGAUAGAUUGUAAACAAUGUUAAUUACAUUGAUGAAUGGCUGCCAAGUCAUAAUGAUUGUAAAGCACUUUGACUAUAUAAGGUGCUAUAUAAAUGUAAAAUAUCACUUAUUUGAAAAUGGAAUGCCUCUGUCUGACUUUACAUGUUGACUUAAAUAUUUGGUCCCCAAUUAUAUUUAAGUUCCCCUCCAGCCUUUUUCUUGCACCAUAGCCCAUUUUUUAAAGCAAAAAAUUACUGAAAUUAGGUUGAUAUUUAUUGUUUUUGUUUUUGUUUUUAGAUAGGUCACCUAAUAAGAGGAUUUUAUUUCAUGUACUUGCUAUUUGAAAGUUCAGGUUUCAUUUAGUUCUGUAUCUUAAAUACAAAUUAGUAACUUGGAAUCAAACUAAAUUAAGAAUUUUCAGAAACUGUAUUCAGAUGUUUGAUUUUAAAUCCUCACUUCCUUUUUUAAUAAGAAAAUCGAACUAAAAAUUGUAGUGUUUUCAUUUGUCUUCAGAAACUGUACUUGAAGAGAGUAUUAGAAUAUACACAGAAAUGACUCCAUGCAUUGUACUAAUUUUCCUAUUAAUUACAGAAGUCUGAAUGCAGUGUGACUACUUCUGCCUGAUAAGACUGCAAAGCAGGCGGAAUUAAUAAUAAUGGAGAGAACCACACGAGUAGAAUGCAUUGUGAGGAUUCAGGAGGCUAAGCAGACCUAAUCAACAUGGAAAGUUUUGACAAUAAAGGGUCAAAAACUAUUUGAGUUGGUUCUAACCCCCACCUCCUCAUUUCACAAAUAGCGUAAGGAUUCAACUGUUUUACAACAGAUCAUGCACACUAACCUUGGUGAAAUUAAAAUUAUUGGGAAAUUAUACCUGGAGAGUAAGGUAGAUGAACAUAAAGGAGUCUGUGAACUAUUCAUUAAAAUGAUUAUUUCCUGUGAGAUAAGAGGUUUUAAUUUUAGUUCUCUAUUUACUGUCCCAGUCUUGUUCUCCUACCCACCCACCUACUCAGAUACAAUCCUCUAAAUGGGUUAGAAAGGUCCCAAACUUUUAGAAGGAAGUUUUACUUCUUAUUUUUCUUCAGCAUCUGUUGCAUGCUCUUAUUUUGGUGUUUAUAUUAAUAACUUUCACUCCUUUUAGUAUAUUACUUUCAUUACAUAGAAGAAAUCGUAUUUCUAAACGUUCUAUGAUGUUUAAAAAAAGCAGAAAUAAAACUUAGCUGUGACAGUGACAACCAACCCUGUUUCCCUUGCUCCACCUUUGGGCAGGAUUUAUGAAAUUUUUAUUGACCCAGUAAUGAUUAAUAAUUUCUUAGGAGGUUUGUGAUGAUGUAUGGUCUAUUGGAAAGUUAAAAGACGUUGGGUGCUUUAUCUAAAUGUAAGCUAUGCUAUACUAUAUUUUCACAAACUCCUUACAUAUACUAGCUUCAUGAAAUCACAGUUCUCUUAGACAGUGAAGCUAGUCCUGGCCUCAGUAGUGGAGUAAGUACAAUGUUAUUGCAUGAGGUCGGGGUGAGCUAUCAGCCUAGUGUUUGAAUUCUUACAAACAAAGAGCUUAUUUUCUGUUUUCCUUCUAACAAGGGUAAGAAAAUACAAAGUAAAUAACUAAGGAAUAUUAAAGCAUAACUUUUAUGUUCUGCAGUAUGUAUUUAAGAAGUUCAUAAUGGGGAAAAAAUCCAACAAAUAUUGUAGUUUAUCAUAUCUAAAGAGAGAAUAAAUAGUACAGAUGUACUUAAAAGAACUUUAAAAAAUUCAGUCACAUCUUUUUAUCAUUUGUCUAAUUACUUAAUAACAACUAAGAAAAAGAAGCCCCUAAAUGACCCAUGUUCCAAAAUUGAUCAAGAUUAAAUUAUUUCUGUUAGAUAGCCUUAGCCUGGUAAAAUUGGCUUAAUGGGGUGAUUAGAUUAUAAUCGGGAAAUAUUGUCUGUGAUUUUCUUGAAGUUUUAUUGUUAUAUUUACAUAAUUAAAGAUCAGUUGUACAAAAUUAAGCUAAAUGUUAUCCAGUCAGAAACAUCAGCCUAUAUAUUUCAUUAGUUUUCACAAAGGCAUGCAACCAUGCUGUGCCAAUGGAUCAGCAGUAAGUGAUAAGGGAAAGAUGAGUUAAGUUGAAGAAAGAACAUUUUAUUUAUGAGCUACUUUACUCACAUCUCCUUUUCAGUAACAGUUUUGUUCAUUCUUACUAACUAAUGAUAUGAAAUACUUUUGAGUGUCUGUUACUCUCAGACAAGUAUUCAUCUUUUAAAGAUAAUACCAUGUUAAAAAUUUGAAAAUGGUUUGCCCAGUAUAAGAAUUAUCUUGAAACAGAAAUCUAAAAUUUUAAAAUUGUUUUAACUAUCUGCAUCUAAUCUUCAAUUGUCCAGAUUUGACUCCAGGAAUGUUACAAUUGUCCUCAGUUGGAACAUGUGAGAUUUAUCUGAAAAAGCAUCCACAACUCACAGCUAGUAUAAACCUAGCUAACUCACAGACACAUGGAUCAGAACACUUGUGAUCCUAAAGUGAGAGGAAAGUGCCUGGCAUUUUGUUUUUGCUAAGGGCAAAAUAACAACCUUAAGACAAAAUGCUUUUUGUUGUCUAUUCAUUAAACUAUGGAAGGAUAUUUUGACUCUUUAGCCUUAUAUUAUGAAGGUACUCUUUCACUAGAAAUUGAUGUAGCAUUGUACUUCUCAACAGUAAAACCUAUGUUUUAUCCUAAAAUAGGAUGAAAGAGUCUACUCAACAAAAGAAAAUGGGAUAUUAGAAACUUCGAAAACUAUUUUACCAUGUUUUUAUUUUUCCCUUUUUUAUAAGUUAAAAGGGUUUUCCAUUCAAUAAUGAUAAUCUCUUUUCCUAUAGUCCCCACUGUCAAAAUGGCAGCUUAUUUUCGUAGUUGUACAACCCAGUUUCAUUACAUUUCGAAAGUGGUGUCAGACCUUAUUCGUUGUAACUAUAAUGAUUUCAAUAUUUUAUAUCAUGGAGUUUUUAUAUGAGGAAAGCUAUUCUCAAUGUAUCUGUCAUCCAUUUUUUACUUACUAUAAAGCAUAUUUAACUAAUAAUUGGUGUAUGUUCCUUUUAUUGAAAAAUUUGAAAAGGUUUUAUUGUCUAAUUUCAGCACAAUAAUUUUAUUGUCCUAAAAUUUUGCAGUAAAUAUUCAUUUAUCAAAAGCCUAAAAAACAUGAAAUAAUUCGUUACUGACACACCUAAUUUCUGCCCUUCCCCAUUCCCUCAAAUCACAGAAGCCUUUAAUAUUUAGCUUCCUUAAAUCCCUGAUUAUGUUCUUGGGAAGUAUGUACUGAUCAUUGUUUUUAAAUAGCCUUUUAUCAAUCCAGUUACAUGUAUUAUCUUUAUGAAAACACAAUGUUUAUAUUUAGCCUUAUCUUGAAAUAUACUUGGAUUCUUACCAUUGCACUUACAACGAUAGAAAAGGGACACUAGUUUAUUUGAGACACUAGAGACCUGAACCUAAUUAUGGCAAGUAUAUGAGUUUUGGCAAUUAUGAAGGAUCUGUAAGUGUUUUCUAACAAUUAUGUAUUAGCAAUUAUGUGAUGUCUCUCUUCAGUAUUUUUCUGUUUUCUAAUGUUUUCUAAUAAUAAUCUAUAAGAUAAGUUUGUAUGCUGUAUGUAAGUGAGCAUAGAAAUCUGACAAAAUAACAGAACUGCUGUUAAGGCAAAUCCAUUGCUAGAGAGUAGAAUAGAUUAUCAGGAUAAGAAAUGGUCUAAUCAUAAACAGGAUAAGAAAUGGCCUAAUCAUAAACAAAUCUCCAGACAGAUGAAAGUACUGAUACAGUUAAAACUUACACUGUCUUAGCAAAUGUUCCUAAAGUAAUAGUUGACAUAAAAUCAUCUGACUUCAUUACAUAAUCAUUCAAAAAAGUUAGGCAAAAAUAGAAUUUUCUCAUUGUUCUUCCCCUCAGUGGGCAUGAACUGGGCACAGGAUAUUAACUGUUAUGUUGUCAUUGGAAGGGAAAGCAUCUAUUUUCAUUUUAAAACUGUUAACCUAUUACUUAACCUAAGGUAAUGAUUUAAGGCCAUUAAGGAUACUGUCAUUUGAUGAGAUGAGAAGAAAUCUGUGGUGCCUGAAAAUCACUACUGACUUCUAACAGUUAUCUAGAUCUUUAUCUAGUUUAUAAACCAUAGGCUUAAUUUUAUGUUUCCUCUCAAUUAUACAUAGUAGCCCCACAGAAAAUUUUGUUUAAAAUGAAAGCAAAAGUAGAUGUUUCAAAAAAUAUAUUCAAGGAGAGCCCUUACAUACCUGAUACAUUACCUCCAGGCUCUGAAUUAGAUAUUUUGGGUCUGAAGAUGAAAUCAUCAAAGACGGUAUCCAUAGCCUCAAAAUUUUAGGCCCAUAGGGGCUCUCAAAUAUCCUGGAUCAUAUCCACUCAGAGCUUAAAUGUCAUGAGAAGAACAGUCUCAAAAUGAGAAAAAGAAAACUACCCAAGCAUGCUCAGGCUUUAAUAAUGUAUGUGGGAGACUUCUGAGCAGAUGUUAUCAUUUUAGAGAUCUCUAAAUUGACAAAGGAAAAUAAUUAGUUUAACAGUUAUAUUAUGAAAUUAAUAAAAUGGACUCAUUUAUUUUUGGUAUAUUUGUCAACCUAUGCGCAGUGAAAACUGUAUAUAUACUUUGCAUUGUGUGUUUAUAUGUCACUAUUAGAGAUGAGUAUCUUAAUAUUAUUUACUUUUAUUCCUAAUCAUUUAUGUAUUAUUUAUACUUCACUGCAAGAUUCACAGCACUUUACUAAUAUUAGAUAAUUAUUUUCCUUGUACCUUUCUGUGGCAUGUUCUAUUUAAAUCUUUUCCACUGGGGUUCUUUUCCUUAAUUUGGAACACUCACUAAGAAAAAUAUAAAAGAUUGCCCAAAUAAACGGGCUAUGUAUUCUUCCUGAAAUUUUUAAAGUUUGAUGUGAAGUUCUAAGUCUGGAAAUCUAAUUGGAGCUGGGUUGGGGCUACUAGGGAUGAAUUACAUUUUGUAUUUCA